AUGUUCUAUUUUGAAGAUUACAUGGAAGUUCAAUACCCGCACAGCUGCGUGGCGGGGGGUUGGUGGGAGUGUAUUAUUCAGAUGGUUAAGAAAAUUUUGAGAAGAGUAUUAGGAAGAGCCUGCUUGAGAUAUGAAGAGCUAUGUACCAUUCUCUGCGAUACGGAAGCUGUAAUCAACGCAAGACCGUUAAAUUAUUUGUCUGAAGAUCCUGACGAUUUAAUGCCUUUAACACCCUCUAUGUUCAUUCAGGAUAAAAGAACGGUGGGAGUUCCGGACUUAGACCAUAUAGAUGAUGUCAGUAUCAAUAAGAGAUAUAGAUAUCAGCAGAAAGAAAAAGAUUUAGAGACGAAUAUUUUGAGUCUCCUAAUUCAGUCCAGACAUAAUAAAGCUACUCGAAAACAAAUAUAUUUAGGAGAUGUGGCACUUGUGGGAAGUGACAACAAAAAAAAAAAAGAUUGGACUGGACAUUGGGUCGAGUUAUUGAACUAUUCCAGAGUCAAGAUAAUUGUGUUAGAAUGGCAAAGGUGA